GGCGGCCCGAGUUGAUGUCAUUCUUAAACUCAUUCUGCUCUCGCACAUCGAUUACUCGCUCAUUAUGCAGUUCCUCUAAACACCUGCUGUGCUGUUGGACUCAAACAAGCUGCAUAUUUCAACGGGCGUUUAAAAAACCACUUGAACCAGGUGGAUGAUUGACUGUACAGGCAGUGAAUGCUAGACGCCCCUAUCACUGACCUCACGCUGUCAACAGCAGAAGAGCAGAUAGGUGUAGUUAUCUGGCCAUUGUUAAGUUGACAGGACCAUCCUGGAUUGUGUACCACAGUGGAAUUACCAUACUAUUGGUCAGCAAACGAAUAAUGGACAUGUACAAGGAUUCCUCAUCUAUGGAUUUCAAUGGAGUGAUUUUUGUCUGACCAAAACAUUUUCUAUAGAAGGCCAAGGCUUUCCCUACAAAAUAUAAGGAGCUAGUAUUCUGGUCACAUUUUUACUGAGAUGUUGUUUUCCAACGGCUUGAAGUGGAGCCUGUAAUUGUGAUGAAGACACGGCCUGUUUCUGUUCAUCAGAGGAACCCAGUGUUCAUCCUGUUAUAGCCAAGAAAUUUCCAGGGGAGGAAUUAUUCUCAGAAAUCUGAAUUUUCAAUAAGGGGCUUCUCUGUUUUUCGCUUCCCUGAAAAUUUCAUUUUUGUCUACCACUACACCAUGUAUCUAUCGAAGCAGAAGACCUUCAGGGCAUUUACUGUGUUAGCCUUUAUUGUAACUUUCACCAUGUUCCUCUUCGGUUUCACGUUGAGAGAUCCCUCUCUGUACUUCUUCAAAUAUGCCAUUCGCAAGUCGGACAGCUUCUUCUCUAAUGGCCAGUGUGGCUGUCGACAGUGUAUGACAGAGCUGGAGGACGACCCCUGGUUCACUGAGCGGUUCAACCUGUCAGUCCACCCUCUGCUGUCUAGGAGGAACAGCCUGCUGACUAACGACACAUACUGCUGGUGGCAGCGCUUGCAGGAUCAUAAGGACCCGGCCGACUUCAGCGAGGUGGUGGAGAAGUUGUUCCAGGUCAUCCCUGAUAAUGAUAAGCUCUACAAGGACGCGGGGCCUGAGCGCUGUAGGACCUGUGCUGUGGUGGGGAAUUCUGGGAACCUCAAGGGCUCCCGCUACGGACCCCUCAUCGACUCCAGUGAUGUCAUCAUCAGAAUGAACAUGGCUCCUACCUCUGGCUUUGAGGAGGAUGUUGGGAGCCGGACUACACAUCACGUCAUGUACCCAGAGAGCGCUAUAGAUCUGGACAACACCACCAUUCUUCUGCUCAUCCCCUUCAAGACUCUGGACCUGCAAUGGAUCACCAGUGCCUUAACCACCGGCUCCAUCGAAGAAACAUACGUUCCGGUCCGGUCCAAGAUUAAGGCAAACAAGAACAGGGUGUUGAUAUACAGCCCAGCCUUCUUUAAAUAUGUCCAUGACACAUGGCUGGAGAGUCAUGGCCGGUAUCCCUCCACUGGCUUCCUCAGCCUAUUGUUUGCCAUGCACAUCUGCGAUAAGGUGAGUGUGUACGGGUUCGGAGCGGACCGGUAUGGGAACUGGCACCACUACUGGGAAAAUAAUUACCACGGAGGCGAAUUCCGCAAAACCGGGGUGCAUGAUGCAGACCAUGAGAACAACGUCACCCUGCUUCUGGCUGAUAAACACAAAAUUUAUAUUUUCAAAGGCUUCUGAUAUCUGGAGAUGUCAUUGGCCUGAGACCAUCAAGCCUCAUCAGCCUAAAUCCUGUUGACUCAGGGAUUACCCACUGGGGAUAAACUGGUUGAAAUAACAUUGUUUCAAACUAAUUUGUCACUGUCGUGAUGUGGAAUGCAUGUGUAAAAUGUCUUGGAUUUGCAGGUUUUGAAGUGUCUGUCAUAAACCCAGUGUAUAUAUAAAAAUGUAUUUAUUUUUUUGUGUAUAUAUUUUUAUUUGUAAAAAAGAGUGCACGUUCAAGAUCACAGGUCUGUGGACCGCUUCACAAUUUCUACAAUAAACAGCAUUGAUCACUUU